CUGAAUAAACAAUCAUUCAUCUAGCCAUAGCUCAUAGGGCAGCAAAUUCCUUCCCGCCAUGCUCGAUAAACAUUUCCCGCUAAUACCCACCGCAUUUUAAUAUUACCGUUCCUUUCAUCUUCUUUCACUCUCACUCACUCACUUUCUCUGCAACUCAACAAUGUCUUCCUCCCGUCGUAACACCAACGGCCGAUCACCUCUCGUCAAUCCACAGCGUCAAAUCACCGCAUUCUUCACCAAAACCACUUCCCCUUCUCCUAUUCUCUCCAAAACCAAUCCAAAACCUAACCCUAACCCUAACCCUAGCAUAAACCCUAACCCUAGUCCUUCCCUAACCACACCUUCACCUCUCAAUUCCAAACCACACAAACCUCGUCUCGUUAUCGGCGCUUCUCCUACACCAACAGAUUCAACACCGCCUCCACAUUCUCCUUUCAUCGGCAAACGGAUCAAGGUUUAUUGGCCGUUAGAUGAUGCUUGGUACGAAGGUAUUGUCAAAUCGUUUGACAGCGUUACCUCCAAGUAUCGGAUUCGCUACGAUGAUGACGAAGAGGAAUGCGUUGAUCUAUCCAAGGAGAAAUUUGAGUGGCUUCCGCUUCCGGAUCCUUCUUCGAGGAAGCUUAAACGUUUGCGUCGCGGUUCGUCUCCGAUUAGGAAGAUGGUGAUUGAGGAUAUUGAGGUAGAUGGAAGUCCCAAAGAGGAAACGGAAGAGCUUGAUGAUGACGGUGAUGGUGAUGAUGAUUCGGGAGAUGAAGAUUGGGGGAAGAAUGCUGUAUUGGAGGACGCUGGUGAUGAUGAGGAAGAGGAUAUGGAGCUGGAGGAAGAAAAUGAGGUUGUUGUAGAAAGUGCUAAAGGAAAGAGUGGCGGCAAGGUUGAGCCGAAGAAGCGAAAACAUGGUGAAGCAUUGAAAUUGGAGCCUAUGAAAAAGAGUAAGAGUGGAAAUGAAGUUAAUAGUGUAGCUGUUAAGCUAUCACCAUUGGAGUCUAUGAAAAAGAGCAAGAGUGGAAAUGAAGUUAGCAGUGUGGCUCUUAAGCUCUCACCAUUGGAGCCUGUGAAAAAUUUGGAGGUUAAAAAGACAUUGGAUGUUGCAGUCAAUGUUGCAACUGAUGAUGCGGCUGAAAGGUCUGAAAGAUUUGCGCACCGUGAAGCUCAGAAGUUUCGCUUUCUAAGAGAAGAUCGCAGGGAUGCCAAGCGAAGGCGUCCAGGAGAUGAAAAUUAUGACCCAAGAACUCUAUAUUUGUCUCCAGAUUUUGUGAGGAAUUUGUCAGAUGGCCAGAAACAAUGGUGGGACUUCAAGUCUAAACACAUGGACAAAGUUUUGUUUUUCAAGAUGGGUAAAUUUUAUGAGCUUUAUGAAAUGGAUGCACAUAUAGGAGCAAAAGAGCUUGACUUACAAUAUAUGAAGGGAGAUCAACCUCACUGUGGAUUUCCAGAGAAAAAUUUCUCAGUAAAUAUAGAGAAACUAGCUAGAAAGGGUUAUCGAGUUCUUGUUGUAGAGCAGACUGAAACACCUGAACAGCUUGAGCUUCGUCGCAAAAAGAACGGCUCUAAAGAUAAGGUUGUGAGACGGGAAAUAUGUGCAGUGGUUUCAAAAGGCACAUUAACGGAUGGGGAGUUUAUGGCAACACAUCCUGAAGCUGCAUAUUUAAUGGCAUUGACUGAGUGCCAUGAGAACCAUCCAAAUGAAAUUUCAGAGCGCACCUACGGUGUUUGUGUAGUUGAUGUUGCCACAAGCAGAGUCAUUCUUGGGCAGUUCAACGAUGACUCAGAGUGCAGUGCCUUGUGUUCUAUCUUGUCUGAGAUCAGACCAGUUGAAAUUGUGAAACCUGCUAAACUACUAAGCCCUGAAACAGAAAGGGUACUGCUGAAACACACCAGAAACCCUCUAGUGAAUGAGUUAAUUCCAACUGUGGAAUUCUGGGAUGCUGAUAAAACUUUGGAUCAAUUGAAGAGAAUUUAUGGGCACAAUAAUGAUGUUAGUGUUCAAGAUGGUGGGUUAGAUUGUCUUCCAGAUGUUUUACUGGAGCUGGUAAAAACAGGACAAGACAGCAGUAGUGCACUCUCAGCACUUGGUGGUGCUAUCUAUUAUUUGAAACAGGCUUUCCUAGAUGAGCAGAUUCUUAGAUUUGCGCAGUAUGAGUUGCUUCCAUGUUCUGUUUUCGGGGGUCUUGCUUCAAAACCUUACAUGGUUCUUGAUGCAGUAGCCCUAGAGAAUCUUGAGAUAUUUGAGAAUAACAGAAAUGGAGACUCUUCAGGCACGCUCUAUGCUCAAUUAAACCAAUGUGUUACGGCAUUUGGGAAAAGACUGCUAAAGUCAUGGCUUGCAAGACCGUUAUGUCGUGUUGAGUCAAUUAAGGAACGCCAGGAGGCCGUUGCAGGUUUGAAGGGAGUGAAUCUACCUCAUGCGCUAGAAUUUCGAAAAGCAUUAUCAAAGCUACCUGACAUGGAGCGGUUGCUUGCACGGGUGUUAUCUUCAAGUGAUGCUAGUGGAAGGAAUGCUAAUAAAGUGGUUCUGUAUGAGGAUUCAGCAAAGAAACAAUUGCAAGAGUUUAUUUCAGCUCUGCGCGGUCUUGAACUAAUGGCACAAGCUUGCUUGGCACUCGGUGGCAUUUUAAAUGAUGUCGAAUCUAGACAACUUAGUUAUCUUUUAACACCUGGCAAAGGUCUUCCUGAUGUCAGCAUGGAUCUGAAUCAUUUCAAAGGUGCUUUUGAUUGGGUGGAAGCCAAUAGCUCCGGCCGUAUAAUACCUCAUGAUGGAGCUGACAUAGAGUAUGAUUCAGCUUCUAAGGCAGUUAGAGAGAUUGAGUCCAGUUUAUUAAAGCAUCUCAAGGAACAAAAGGAAUUACUUGGAUGCACAUCAAUCUCUUAUGUCGAUGUUGGAAAGGACACAUACCUAUUGGAAGUGCCUGAAAAUUUGUCUCAGAAUAUUCCUCAUGAUUAUGAGCUGCGUUCAUCCAAGAAAGGUUUCUCUAGGUAUUGGACUCCAGAUAUUAAAGUAUUUUUGAAAGAGCUCUCCCAUGCUGAAUCUGAAAGGGAGACCUUAUUGAAAAGUACAUUUCAGAGACUGAUUGAGCGUUUUUGUGAACAUCAUACUCAGUGGAAGCAGCUGGUGCAUGCAACUGCUGAAUUGGAUGUUUUGAUCAAUUUAGCCAUUGUCAGUGAUUACUAUGAAGGACCAACAUGCAGACCAAAUUUUGUUGGGACGUCAUGUACAAAUGACGCGCCAUACAUCUAUGCUAAAGGGCUUGGACACCCAGUUCUUAGGAGUGAUUCCCUAGGAAAAGGUGCCUUUGUACCUAAUGACAUAACCAUUGGUGGUCCAGAUCAGGCCUCCUUUAUUCUUCUUACUGGUCCUAACAUGGGUGGGAAGUCAACUCUUCUUCGGCAAGUUUGCAUGGCUGUGAUUUUGGCCCAGGUAGGGGCUGAUGUCCCUGCAGAAAGUUUUGAAUUGUCUCCUGUGGACCGAAUUUUUGUUCGGAUGGGUGCCAGAGAUAAUAUCAUGGCUGGCCAAAGUACAUUUUUAACUGAGCUUUCAGAAACUGCAACAAUGCUGUCAUCAGCCACUCGAAACUCAUUGGUGGCUCUGGAUGAGCUUGGUCGUGGGACCUCAACAUCUGAUGGACAGGCUAUUGCGGAAUCUGUAUUAGAACAUCUUGUACGAAGGGUGCAGUGUCGUGGAUUGUUUUCUACACACUAUCAUCGAUUAGCUAUAGAUCAUGACAAAGAUCCCAAGGUCUGUCUUUCUCACAUGGCAUGCCAAGUUGGUAGUGGAAAUGAAGGUUUGGACGAAGUCACCUUUCUUUACAGGUUGACUCCUGGUGCUUGCCCCAAGAGCUAUGGUGUUAAUGUUGCUCGAUUAGCCGGACUACCUACUUCUGUGCUUCAGAAGGCCGCUGCUAAGUCCAAAGAAUUUGAGGCUAGUUAUGGAAAAUACAGAAACGUGACUUCUGAAACAAACUGUUUGAAUCAAAGUUGGGUCGAUAAGAUAAUAGGAGUGGUACAAAAAUUGAAUAAUGCUGCUACAAAUUUGAGUUGUGAGGAGGCCGUUUCUGAUCGUUCCCUAAUGAAGCUUCAACAUAAAGCAAGAAAGCUUCUACAACAAUGUUAAAACUAUUUCAAGAUAUUAUAUUUGAGAAUCCAGAAAUGGAUAGAAAAAUGAUAUGGUCAUA